AAUUCGAACACGUGCUAAAGAAUAAAUUAAUAAUUGAUUAUUUAGCCGAUGAUUCGGUUAAAAGUUUAAGAGAACGUCAUUUUGGUGCUACGUUCAAUACAUUGAAGUUAAUUGCUCGUAAAGAGGGUCUUAUAGGACUUUAUCGUGGUGUUUCACCAAAUUUGGCUGGUUCAGCGGCUAGUGCCAUAACGGUUUUCAUGACAAAUCCAUUUUGGGUGGUUAAAACACGGAUGUGCGUUACAAGUCGUAAAGAUCCGGAUGCAUAUAAAGGAUUGAUAGAUGGUCUGUACCAAAUAGCAAAGUAUGAGGGAAUUCGUGGCCUAUAUAAAGGGUUGGUUCCAGGAUUAUUAGGAGUUUCUAAUGGAGCUGUACAUUUCAUGUUUUACGAGGAAAUGAAAAAGUGGAGAUUAAAAAUUGCUCCUGGAAAAGAUCGUGAACGGUUGGACAACGUUGAAUAUAUUUUAGUGGCUGGGUCUUCGAAAACAAUAGCUAUUGUGGCAACAUAUCCAUAUCAACUAAUUCGCACACGAUUAAAUAAUCAAAAAUUUGUUAUCAAAUAUAAUG